AUCCAGGCUCGGCGCUGCAUUCAAGCAUCCCUACGUUUUCGCCAAGCAUUUCAUUCGGAUCUGCAGGAUUCAGCCCACAGCAAUUAUUUUGCAACCGAAACGGACGCAUAGUAUGAUAACUUUCAUUUGAGUUGAUUUGGUUUCAUUCAUUUUUAUUUUUGUUCAUUCGAUAUCAUCGUUUUUUCUUAAUUUUUCUACUCUCAUCCACAGUUCAUUUGCAAUCAGUUUACACACCACCAGCUCAAAGGGGAAUACUAUACCUCGAGCCGUUCUCUCUCUUGUCUGCUGCUAUUCGAGAGAAGCUCGCGCACUUUGGAUUGGUACCUUGGCUGGUUUAUCUAGAACCCGACAAACUGGGGAUUUAAUAGGCUAUUUGCGUCUGCGCUUGUGGAAGUGGACAUCGGCGGCGACACGGGUCGCCUUUCUGUUGUAAGGAAUGUACCCGGUGCUAAGGUCUGCUCACUGAGGGAGAAUAUCAACGCGCUCUCUUCUCGACUCUCUGUAUGAAAGACUGCCGUGCGCCUCUGGUUUUGUAUUCCCGGGGAGCUCUUAUAAAGGGACUAACUCGGCACCAGGUCCUUCCUUGGAGAUGCUCUAUAUUUGAUCGGCGUACGCAUUUGCUUCUUCGUCCCUUUUUAGCUUAUUUGAUCGGGAUAUAGAGUCUAAUUGCCUCGGUCAUUCUCUUGUGCGUUUCACGUCUCUUUUUUGGACAUAUCAUUUCGGAACGGAUUGUGACCCUCCCUGAAAACAGCAAUAAUGGGGGACUCGAUGUGGAGAUAUUAUUUUGGAGUUUUGUUUAUUGCGUGCAAGGUGAACUUGUCCCGGGCGAUAAUUCUGGAGUCCAUAUAUUGGAACACAACAAAUACCAAAUUCGUGCCAGGGCAGGGCCUGGUGUUAUAUCCUCAGAUCGGAGAUAAGUUGGACAUAGUGUGCCCGCGGGUGGAUGGAGGGGUGCGUGAUGGGGUGGAGUAUUACAAGAUCCACAUGGUUCCCAGGGAGCAGCUGGAGAGCUGCACCAUCACCAAGGCUGACACACCGCUGCUCAACUGUGACAAGCCUGACCAGGAUGUCAAGUUCACACUCAAGUUUCAGGAGUUCAGCCCCAACCUGUGGGGCCUGGAGUUCUUCAGAGGGAAAGACUACUACAUCAUCUCAACAUCAAAUGGCACAAUGGAGGGCCUGGAGAACCAGGAAGGAGGGGUGUGCAAGAUGAAGUCCAUGAAGAUAAUCAUGAAAGUGGGACAAAAUCCCUCUGACCCUAUCUCACCCAAAGACUACCCCACCAGAUACCCUCCCAAGCACCCCGACAAGGAGUCAUACAAACCAAACGAAGUGCUGGAGAAGAAAGGUCCGUCGUACAGGGAGGGCGAGGGCGACCAAGGGACGGGCGGGAAAUCCUCAAGUGUCAUCGGCUCCGAAGUGGCCCUGUUUGCCGGCAUUGCCUCGGGCAGCGUUAUCUUCAUCAUCAUCAUCAUCAUGCUGGUCGUGCUGCUGCUCAAGUACCGGCGGCGGCACCGCAAGCACUCGCCACAGCACGCCACAGCGCUGUCCCUCAGCACACUGGCCACGCCCAAACGGGGCGGCAGCGGCAACAACAACGGUUCGGAGCCCAGUGACAUCAUCAUCCCGCUCAGGACUGCAGACAGCGUCUUCUGCCCGCACUACGAGAAAGUCAGCGGGGACUACGGUCACCCGGUGUACAUUGUUCAGGAGAUGCCCCCCCAGAGCCCUGCCAACAUCUACUACAAGGUCUGAGCUCAGCUCCACCCCCCUUCCCCCCAGGCACCGCCCCCCCAGAACGCUCUAUCUCUCCUUCCUUCCCCACAUCUCUGUUGUUUUUCUUGUUAAACUUUACUAUUCCUGUUAUUAUUCUUCAUUGUUGGGAUUCAUUGGAGAACUUACAGAGUAAAGCUGCUGCUGCUCUCUGGGGCUUUUUGGGGAUCCCUCCUCUCUGCUCCUCUCCUCUAACAGUAGCCCUCUGUUUCUUUGCGCACUACGACUGACGCUGGGGGAUCCGAGCGCGUGUGUUUGUGUGUGGACGGACGGACGGACGGACGGAGAGACAGAAAGACGCACCCACGCGUUUGUUUUGAAAUAGGAUGGACAGAUGGAGAGAAAAAGAGGAGAAGGGGGAGGAGUCGAUAUCCUACCCUGGUUUUCUCCCUGAGAGAGACUAUUGCUGGGGAAGAGACACAGGAGGGAGAACGAGAGGGAUGGCAGAGAGACUAGAAGAGGAAAAAGGAAGGAAGGGCCCGACCAUGAACUCAUGUCAGUAAUGUCAGUCAGUCCCUCUCCUCAUUGGCCAGAGACACUUUGUGGAUUAAAUGACGGAAGAGGGAGAAAAAAACAAGGGGGAUUUGGAAAUAUCCACUCUGGGACUUUCCUGACUGACACAAGGACAUCACCCACUCACCCUACCACCCACCCACCCACCCACUCACCCACUCUCACUCAUUGUGAACUGUUCAGGUCCUCGUACUAGUUACAGCCCACUUUUCCCUCAUUGUCCGAAGACACCUUUUACUUUCUAGCGUCAAGAUUCAUUAAAGUUGUUACUUGAAAAAAAAAGGUUUGUAAAAGAACAUGAUUCCUUUUCGUAGUGUCAUAUUGUUGGUUCAUUUCUGUUUUUCAUUGCUGGUAUUGUUGAACUUGCAGAUAUAUAUAUUUUUUGUGAUGUGGUAUUGUCGCAGCUCAUGUCGUGAUGGUGUAUGUGGUGUAUGCGCGCACACACACACACACACACACACACACACACACACACGCACACGCACACGCACACGCACACGCACGCACACACACACACACACACACACACACACACACACACACACGCACACGCACACACACACAAACAAACACCCUGCAACCCAGGACUGGGAGAGCAGAGAGCAGGACUUAAAGAGGGAGAAGAAGAUGAGGGGUUUUAUGUGGGCUCCACCCCGUCAGGGUAUAGGGUGCCCAUUAUACCCCCUCUGUGGGGUCAGGGCUAGCCAGGUGGCUUCUGGGAAGGGUGUGGGAGCUAAGCGAACAAUAGAGCAGCACUUUUAACCCCCCUGAUAUCCCUCCACCCAGGCAGUCAGUCACAGAGAGGGAGAGAGUGGCAGUGGUAGUGUGAGUGAGUGAGUGAGUGAGAGAGAGAGAGAGAGAGAGAGUGAGAGAAAGUGAGAGAGAGAGAGAGAGACUGUAUCCCUUCAGUAAAGGGAUCACAGUAGCGAGGGCUGGCUUGAAUUUUCCACAGAUAGGACUUUACAACAUGAAGAGGUGUUAAUUAAACUGGAAGUACAGGCAAUCAGAUAUCCCAACCUGCUUACUGCUGCAGUUUCUGAGACAUUGAAGAAAGGUAAAGAUAAGAGAGUCCCAGGUCUAGUUGAGUUUAACCCAGCCGCUGGCUAAAACAGCUCUAGGUACUGUAUUGUCUUGCUGCCGCAAGGGCCCCGGAGGCCCCCAAAUGGCCCAAACAGGUGGACUGGUGCUCUCAUUCUCAACUUUUAAAAAGCACAGGGACAUCAAAGCGCAUUGUCACUGUUUUUCAAGCAUCAUCUUUAGCAUUUCCUUAUUGUGAGUUUUUGAUUAUUAUCAUUUUUUGUAACAAAAUAGGUGUACAUUUUAAAGGAGGACAUUUGAAAACACAAAAAGGAAGGCAAAAAAACAACUGAAAAAAAAGCAGAAUCUAUUUAUGAUAGACACAGAGCACAGGUGUUGUCAGAAAGGCGGUAAUGAGAAGUUAACGUUAAUAUAUUAUGGUAUAAAAGUGCACAUUAUGCAAGCUAGGGUUUUGAUGACUUGAUAUCUAUUUCACCCAUAAUGUCCCACCUUUUCAUCAACUCCCACCCAAAUGGCUGCCUUUUUUUCCAGAUAUUCAGGGCUAGGGCCUGGGAAGGGGACAGGGAGGGCAGCCUGGACGCAUGUCACGAAGGGGAGAGGAGGUUUUUGGACCCAAAAUAGCAUAACCGGGUGCACGAGGCUGACCAGCAGUAUAUCCCACACUCCACUGUAGCAUCUCCCAAAGGACCAUGGGAAGAUUCCCACGAUUACCCUGUGCCCCCCUUCCCCCUCACUACCACGUGAUAGUGUUUUCUCUGUGUGUGAGAGUGUGUGUGUGUACCUCUUCUUGAGCAAGUCCAGUGAGACAGCUAUUUGUCUGUUUAUUCACAUACGUGAAAACACUGACUAAAGAAAACGAGAACUAGAUUGUGACUUAGACCACACCCCAAACAUGUAUCUGCUCACUACCAACAUUCUCAUUAGUUCAUUAAGAACAUCAAAUUUCACCGAAAAAGCCAAGCCUUGUAUGAUACAAGGUUUGUGCCUCUAAGAGGCUACAAAAUCUGCAAUAUGCAAUUUUUCUUUAUUUUUUUAAGAAUUGAGAGAAACCUACACCUAUGGAAAGUGUUCUUAAACCACUGAGAGAUGUAACAACAAACUAAACAAAACAAAACUAGCAAAGUACGUCACACGAGCCUGCUGUUAGGUUUUCAUUUGUAGUAUUAUUUUAAACGUAUUUUUUUUGUUUGUUUGUUUUUUACUGUGUGCCGUAGUUCCAAGGUAAACUGUGAAAAAAGAAACAUUUUCAAAAUGAAAUGCACCUGGACAGUUAUUUAAGAAAUAGCGAAAAACACUAGGAAUCACAAACAAAUUGCUGUUUAGUUGCUGUCUGUCUGCGGCAGAAUAUGACAAUCUUAUUAGUUUCUUUGAAUCUGAUGUCCUUAUCCUAGCUAACGUACAACUGAUAUCCUCCUAACAUUACUAGGGUAGAUUUUCUGUCUUGCUACAUGGAUGAAAUAUCGCGGCAAUGUUGAGAGAAUGUUAGUAACCUGGCUAGGAAAAGUACUUCAGGCUACUGUAAAAUGCCUUGCUCGUAUUGGUCAGCCCUUGGUCACCUGACUCAGUAAUUUUGCACCGUUCUUCUGUAGGUAAGAAACUGUAAAUACAUUAAUGUUUGUAUUGUAUAUGGAUCCUGGGUUGUUACGAUAGCCUUAUUCACCUUUUUAGGAAAGUAAAUGAAAAAAAAAUGAAAAAACAGAAUACACUUCAGUAAAACAGAGCAUACUACUUUUUUUGGUAAAUAGCUUGUGUAAAUAUUGACAAGAACCCAAUAAAACAUUUUUUUUUUAUAAACUCUUAAAGUAAGAUGUUUUGUAUAAAAUUUCAAUUUUUUGCUAUGUAUUUUAGCUAGUGCUCGUUGGAAAGCCCCGUGUCCUCCCACUCCCUCCCCUUUUGCACUGUUUCCAUGGAAAUUUGGUUUUAAAAAAAAAUUGAGAAAAAGUUGCCAAACCGACUGCUGCAUAUUCGUGCCAUAAGUGUGUACCAUAAAUAUUUAUUGAAUUCGUUUUUUUUCUUCUGUUUUUGAUUUGAUUUCUGUCCAGUUUUUAAGUAACACAGUAUUAUGAUUGCGUUGUUCAUUUGUCUCCCUGGUUUCUUUAGUCUGUUUUGAUAGGUUUCCAGGUGGCUGUAUCUGUAGCCCCUCCCCUUGCAGUUUGAGAUGGCCAGACCGUUGAAAUGGUUAAACAUUCAACAACAGAAAGAAAUGAAAGUGAGGAAAAAUGACACACAUUCCACCAGUCUGUUACGAACUGAAAAUGUUUUUCAAUAAAAUGUUUUUCCUAUGGA